AUGAAGUUUACUUUAGGUCUUCUCUCAUUUUUGGCUUACAUCGGUCACACUUCGGCAGCUCCUGAUCCAGGACUCGCCGCAUGGCACUUGGACAACCUCUAUCCGCUUGCCACUGAGCGAUUCGACCCGGUAGUCAGCCCGAACGGUGUAGCUUCUCACUUACAUCGUAUCGUCGGUGGAAGUGCCUUCGGUGCCAAUUACAACUACAAUGAUUAUAAUGGUGCUUCGUGCUCUACUGCAGCUGUUCAGGCCGAUAAAAGUAACUAUUGGAUGCCUCAACUUUUCUGGAGAGAAAACAGUACAUACGUACCUUUGAAAGCUGGUACAAGAUUUUACUACUUCCUUCACAGAAAUAAACCCGAUGAACCCGUUAGAGCAUUCCCACCAGGCUUGCCCCACUUUUCAACUCCUAAUGGGGAUACUGCCGGUCCCGAUUUCAACUUUGACAUCGAUUGUCCUCAAGGCCUGGUCACUACUGUCAGAUUCCCAACAUGCUGGGAUGGUGUCAACUUGUACAAAGCAGAUGGCUCUCACAUGAAAUACACGGAUAAUCUUCAGUUCGGUGUCUGCCCCGUAUCUCAUCCCGCCCGAAUUCCAGGUAUCAUGCUUGAGUAUACAUGGCAGACCUACGCUUACCGACCUGGAGUUCCAUUGAGAAACAAACUGAUUUGGGCUAACGGUGAUACCACUGGUUUUGGUCUCCAUGCAGAUUUCGUGAAUGGUUGGGAUACCGAUGUUCUCGAGAAGGCCUUGAAUGAUCCUGAUUGUCUCAGCGGUGAUAUGACAAUGACUGCUUGUCCUACAUUGGCUAUGUACAUGAACUUGGGAACCGCUCAAAGCUGUCAACCGUCUCGAGGAGUCUUAGAGUCAUAUGAGGAUUUUAAGCCCAUCGGUGCUCUUCCAGGAUGUAACCUUCCAUGGUCAUCCGGUUCCAAACCUGCUUGUAACCCUUCUGUACCCAACCCUUCCAUUCCUAAUGGCCUAAAAGGGACCGAUGGUUUUUUGACAUAUUCUGGUCCAUCCUACCUUACGAAUACAUCUAGUCCGCCUAACACCUGGACUAGACAAGGUUGUAUUGGUGGUUCUACUUCACUUGUCAAUUCGUUCCAAUAUUCCGAUGCCGCUAUAACUCAAGCAAAAUGUCAAUCCACUUGUGCUGAGUGGGGUAGCCAAUACGCUGGUCUCCUCUCCGGACAAUACUGUGUCUGUGGAACAGAUCUUGACCCCGCAGCAUACCACUAUGCCGAUUCCAACUGUAACUCCCCAUGCGGUGGUGAUUCCACCAAGACCUGCGGUGGUAAUGGUAAGCUCGAACUGUUCCGAAACCCUUCAGCUACCACUGUAAACCAUCCGGGUGUAAGCGAUCCUCAAUAUAUCGGUUGUAGAAGAGAAGGUGGUACAGGUCACGCUCUAACCGCCGCUUAUAUCAACUACGAUUCCAUGACUGUCGAAUGGUGCAAAAACUAUUGUAUUGCUCAGAAGCAGACUUUGGCGGCUAUCGAAUUUGGUAGAACUUGCAUGUGUGGUAAUUCUUGGCAAAACGGUGGUGGUGUACCUUACCCUCAAAAUCAAUGUAAUACCCCAUGUAAAGGUAACACACAACAAUUCUGUGGUGGACCGCAAAUCACUAUAUCGACCUUCAACCUUACCUUACCCGGCGGCAGCAGUCCACCAGUCUCCUCAAGCGCUGCAGCUUCUUCCGCAUCCACCAAAAUCACUUCUUCCUCGGCGAGCUCAGGCCCAAGUGGAGCUGUCACUGUAACUAAGACAGUAACUGUCACUGGAACUUGUUCGGCUCCCGCAGGAAGAAGAAGAAACCACAGAGAUUUGAAAAUCUUCGGUGAUGCAUGA